UGGACUUUUUGCUUCCAGAAGCUUAAUCAAACCUUUGCCCCAAAUUGUUGAAAACUUGGGGAAUAUCAUUUUGGUUUUGUUUUUAUUUUGUCAUUUUUUUUCACUUGAAGGAUAGUUAACUUAUCCUUCAAAACAGAAGAUGUAGGGCUCAUGAAUCCAGAAAGCAUCAGGUCUGACCAAAAGCGAAGAAAAGAGAAAACAAAACCUCACAACACAAAGAGCUCUGUUCAUUGAAAAGGGACUUGGCACUGGGCUCAGUGGUAACAGAACAACUCCAAGCGGUACUAAGGGACGUGCCCGGAGUGGACAAAUCAUGCUAAUUGUGUGCAAGAGGGACCGAAAACUAAACCCAAAAUGAAGAGGGGAAGGCAAGUCUUGUCCAGAGUUCUCAGGGCUCCUGGUUUCGUGCACUUAGCUUGUCUUUUUAUAAUCUACACAGAUCUGCUAGAAGGAGUCAAUAUCACCAGCCCAGUGCUUUUAAUUCAUGGUACAGUUGGUAAGCCUGCACUCCUUUCUGUGAAAUACACCAGUACCAGCAACGAUAAACCUGUGAUCAAGUGGCAAGUCAAGAGGGACAAGUCUGUGACCGUGGUACAGUCUAUUGGCACAGGGAUUAUUGGCAACCUGCGCCCGGACUAUCGAGACCGGAUUAAAAUCUUCGAGAAUGGCUCUUUGCUGAUCAAUGAACUGCUGUUGUCUGAUGAGGGCACGUAUGAGGUAGAGAUCUCCAUUACGGACGACACGUUCACAGGGGAGAUGAACAUUAACCUUACAGUGGAUGUUCCAGUUUCAAAGCCUCAUGUUGUUCUUGCUUCCUCCACUGUAUUGGAGCUAAGUGAGUAUUUCACCCUGAACUGUUCGCAUGAGAACGGCACCAAGCCUACCUACACGUGGCUGAAGGAUGGCAAGCCGCUCAGCAAUGACUCCCGCCUGAUCCUCUCCCACGAUCAGAAGGUCCUCACCAUCACCCGAGUCCUAAUGUCCGAUGACGACACGUAUAGUUGUCUAGUAGAGAACCCCAUCAGCAGUGCACGCAGCUUCCCCAUAAAACUGACCGUGUACAGAAGGAGCUCUCUCUAUAUAAUCCUCUCCACAGGGGGGAUUUUUCUUCUAGUUACUUUAGUGACUGUCUGCGCCUGCUGGAAACCAUCCAAGAAGAACAAACGCAAACUGGUCAAGCAAAGUUCCUCUGAAUAUGUGGAUCAGAAUGAUGAGCAUGCAAAACAUGAAGUUGAGAUUGUUCCCCGAAGUGGAGAACAUGAGCGGAAAAAUCCAGUGGCUUUGUACAUCUUGAAGGACAAAGAAACUCCAGAAGCAGAAGAGGAACCCGUUCCCGAUUCCAGAAAUGCGGUUGAACCAGCCCCACCCAGUUACUCCACCUCUCCGCCUCCUGCUGGAAGGUCACCUGGACUGUCCGUUCAGUCUGCUCGCAGAUACCAUCGCCCCCCAGCCCCCUCCCCAAUCACCUCCAGCACUCAUAUAUCACCCACAAGGUCCCCUACCCCUCCAGGUCGCACCCUAAACACCACACGCUUGGUGCGGACUGCUGGAGUUCAUAUCAUCCGAGAGCCACAAGGGGACCCCGCCCCGGUGGAAGUCAAUGCCUGUGGGUAGCCGGUCAGGUGUGUGCAAUGGGGAAGUCUCUCUCUCUGCCUGUGAAUGUUUUAGGGAGGGGAGGUAGCAGCGACGCAUUUGCAUAGGGCACGUGUCUGUGCAAACGCAUGUUUCCUCUACAGGGAAGACGUCAGGAUCCUGCUUGUAGAUAAAAGUGAAUCACUGUGUACCACUGGCUGGAUGAACCCGCUUUAAAAAAAGUUUACAGUAGGUUUGGCGCUCCUGCUUCAAUAUUUUUUUUAAGGCACUAACUUGCUACCUGUAACACCCAAGGAGCAGCACCACACAGGUGUGACUAAAGCUUUAACUUUUGGGGAAACUCAACUAAUUGCCUUGGAAGCUGGUGUUUCGAUCUUUGGGAUAUUGCGUGUAUUAGCAAAACGUAAGAGAAUGUAUUCACUGGGGUUCAGUGUAUCCAGCAGUGAUGUGUCUUGAAUUAUAUCAGUCUUGUCAAGGAGGCCCUGUCUACAUAGUUGUUUUGGGGUAAUGUUAAGCUUGCUUACUGGAAGGGAAGGUGGCUGGUAUAGCCCAUUCUCAUCAGAUAGGGGAAGCUGAACAGGGUCAGUACUUGGAUGGGAGACCACGGAGGAAGGCUCUGCAGAGGAAGGAAAUGGCAAAUUACUGCUUUUCCCUUGCCUUGAAAGACCCUUGCUGAGGUCACCGUAAAUCUGAUGCAACUUGAUAGCACUUAUGUAGGAUGUACAUAAGAUUUCAUAUUAACCUUCCAGCGACCCCAAAUUUUACUGCACGCUCCUGUUUUUAGGAGUUUCCAGCAACCGUUACUGAUCCUUGAAGCUGUAACAAGCUUCUUGUUUCAGGAUAUUAUUGUUGUUAGGAACACAUAUCGCAUUUCAGACAUUCAUGAUCUACAUCUAGCUCUUUUUUUUGACAGACACUAACUCCUAUGAAAUCACAAGAAUUCCCCAAAGGACACCCUUGUCACCUGUCAUGGACAAAGGCACCCCUUUUCAGAUAGCAUUAGAGCCACUUUGACAUCAUUUGUUCUGGCUUCAUUUUUAAAGUUGGACUUUCUGAAUGUGUGGUAACCCACACUGACCUGGGAAUGAGCAGAUAUCCAGAAGUAUGGACAUACCAAGACCUGUUUGGUUGCAUGCUUCUGUCUCCAUGCUGGAGCAUGUGUACACAUAGCUCUGUUGGCUGAACCAGUUGCUAGAGGAUGAACAUUUUCACAAAGAGCUGAUUGACAGUUUUUGAGAGGCGGGAGCUGAGGAGGUCUUCUCUAAUGUAAGCCAGGGGAGAGUGUGCAUCCAUAAGGUUCCAGGUUCAAUCCCUGGAGCCUCUCCUUUUUAAAGGAUUGUAGAAAGGCCCUUGCCAGGAGCUCCUCACUGGUCAGAGUUAGAUGCAC